UUUCCUUCCCGUAGGGUCCACCCCUUGGGUGGAGUCUCGCUUUUUCUUUCCAGUGUUGGCUGACUUACAGCUCCUAUAAAGUAGUGGCAAUUUCUGAAGCCCAGCCGGCUGUCGCUCAGUUUCUGGCUCCUAAGUCCAUGUCCCAAGGGCUGCCAGGAAAGAGACGCUUUCCUGAGCUCUGGAUCUUUCUUCCUUCUGGAAAUAUUCUACUCCGGGUAUUUAUUUUUGAACAAAAGCACCUGCACGCCAUGGACCUCAUUGCAUUGCUGAAGUCUCAGUUCCUGUGCCACUUGAUCUUCUUCUAUGUCUUCAUCGCCUCGGGGCUGAUUGUGAACAUCAUCCAGCUCUUCACACUGGUGCUCUGGCCCAUUAACAAGCAACUGUUCCGGAAGAUCAACUGCAGACUGUCUUAUUGCAUCUCCAGCCAGCUGGUGAUGUUGCUGGAGUGGUGGUCAGGUACGGAGUGCACCAUAUAUACAGACCCACACGUCUACCCCAAGUAUGGAAAGGAAAAUGCCAUCGUGAUCCUGAACCACAAGUUUGAAAUCGACUUUCUCUGUGGCUGGAGCCUGUCUGAGCGCCUUGGGAUCUUAGGGAAUUCCAAAGUCCUAGCCAAGAAGGAGCUGGCUUAUGUCCCAAUAAUUGGCUGGAUGUGGUACUUCACAGAAAUGAUUUUCUGCACACGCAAGUGGGAACAAGAUCGUCAGACGGUCGCCAAGAGCCUGCUGCACCUCCGGGAUUACCCAGAGAAGUACCUUUUCCUGAUCCACUGUGAGGGCACACGGUUCACAGAGAAGAAGCACCAGAUCAGCAUGCAGGUGGCCCAAGCCAAGGGGUUGCCCAGCCUCAAGCACCAUCUGUUGCCGCGCACCAAAGGCUUUGCCAUCACUGUGAGGUGCUUGAGAGGCGUAGUUCCAGCUGUAUAUGACUGUACACUCAAUUUCAGAAAUAAUGAAAACCCAACGCUGCUGGGAGUCCUAAAUGGAAAGAAAUAUCAUGCUGAUUGCUAUGUUAGGCGGAUUCCAAUGGAAGACAUCCCAGAUGAUGAUGACCAGUGCUCGGCCUGGCUCCACAAGCUCUACCAGGAAAAGGAUGCCUUUCAAGAGGAAUACUACAGGACAGGAGUCUUCCCAGAGACCCCCAAGGUCCCCCCACGGCGGCCCUGGGCGCUGCUCAAUUGGCUGUUCUGGGCCUCACUGCUGCUCUACCCCUUCUUCCGGUUUCUGGUCAGCAUGGUUAGCAGUGGCUCCUCCGUAACUCUGGCCAGCUUCAUCGUUGUCUUCUGUAUGGCCUCUAUGGGAGUUCGAUGGAUGAUCGGCGUGACAGAAAUUGACAAGGGCUCUGCCUAUGGCAACAGUGAUAACAGACAUAAGCAGAGUGACUGACUCGGGGUACCAGGAAUCAAACUCAGGACCUUGGCGCUUGCCAGAGAAAAACUGGCUUUGGAAAAUCCCAGAAGAGCACGAGGACCAGCAAUGAAUACUCCUUACGCACAUUUUGAACCAGCAUGCUCCUUAAGAAGGUCUGGGCUGGUGCUGGGGCAGAAGGCAGCAGGCAACUCUGGACCCUGUCUACCUCACUGCUGCAGGCUCAGGAGUGGAGGGAGAUAUAAUCUCCUAACACCCCUUCUGGGAUAUUAAAGCAACAGGAUGAAGAACUAAACAAGACUGAAAAUAAUAAUUAAUAUGUGUGAAGUACUUGUUUUCAGGGUUUUGUGUCCUACUUGACAGCUCUUAGGGAAGCUCCAGUUUCCUGAGACUCACAGUCAUCUUUCCCUACUGCUUGCACCCUUGGACCUAAAUGCCUGAAGAAUUAUAUAUUUAAGUAGAGAAGGAUCUGAGACAUCACAUAAUCUACCACUAAUUGUUUUACAGGAGGCAGUUUCACCUGAAAAUUAAUGAGAUAGCAUUUCAGAAAAAAUGAUUGUUCUAUUCUGAUUUGUAUCCAUUCUCUGUUCAAAUA